CGCCGCGUACUACUGCAACUUAUGAUAAAUAACUUCUAAACUAUUAUUUUCGGUAAACCAUGACUUAUAAAGUUUCUCGCUUGACGGUCUUGUUCGGCUCACAGUAUAAAAAUGUAAACAUUUUCAGAUAUCCAGUGUACUUUCUAGCGCUAUGAACUGUAAAUUAACAAAGUUUAACUUUUUAAGUUGUCCGGUUUCGGUUACUUCUUGGUUUAAUUCGGUCGCAUUUAAACCAGAACUAUGCAAAAAUGUGGAACGUGCCAAUUAAUUAAGGGUUUGUUUAUAAAAUCCAUAGCAUGUGUUAGAGGAGACAGUACUUCUAGUGAAACCGAUUCAGAGUCCUACUACCGCGACUUAGGGGAUCAAGAUACGCUGAGAAUAGAAGAUCACUUCUCAAGCCUAUCAGAAGACUCCUCCGACUUUACUGCGAAACGCGAGUUUCAAGUACUGGUGACCCGAGCAAUAGUGAACGAUAUCGCCAGACACAGGGAAUGCAACCGUUGCCUAGGCCCAUUUUUGACAUUGACCAGGCGCCGAAACAGGCCAUUCCUCAUAAGAUCUCUUUCGAAUGGCAUUGACGUGGACGACGAUCUAUUUUGCGGCGACGUACAGUCCAUACUGAAACGAUCAUUGGAAUGGAAAUUCAACGCCUUCACCCUAAAGAACGCUGCAGGGGGUAAUUGCUUGCAGUUGCUUAGCAUCCAUCUGUUUCAUUCCUACGGCCUGAUCGAACACUUCAACUUGGACGUGAUUAAGCUGUUCCAGUUGUUCCGCCUCAUAGAUUCGGGAUACGUGAGCGACAAUGCGUAUCACAACUCGGUCCAUGCCACAGAUGUCAUGCAAGCCAUGCAUUGCUUCUUGCAGCAGGAUAAGCUGUUUACCUACUUGGAGCCAUUGGAAAUAAUGGCUUCGCUGAUUGGUGCGAUGGCACAUGACAUAGACCAUCCCGGAGUCAACCAGAACUUCCUGAUCGCGACCUCGAACUACAAGACUAAAUUGUACGGGAACUCAUCUGUUUUGGAGAAUCAUCACUUGCGUGCGGCAAUCAGCUGUGUCAUCAAGAGCGGUGUGAUCGAGUCCCUUGAGCUACGCAACAAACUCGCAAAACAAAUCAGCUCGCUUAUCCUGGCUACCGACAUCACCAAGCAACAAGAGUACUUGUCCAAGUUCAAGAGGUACUUGGACACCAAUACACUGGAUAUGACGAUCAGCGAGCAUCGACACCUGGUGCUGCAGAUCGCUCUCAAGUGCGCUGACAUCUCUAACCCCUGCAGACCCUGGGCAAUUAGCCAACAAUGGAGCUUUAAGGUGUGCCAGGAGUUCUUCCAACAGGGAGACUGUGAGCGCAAGUUGAACUUGCCUAUCACACCGCUGUGCGACCGUCACACAACAUCGAUCCCGAAAAUCCAGAAAGAUUUCUUCAAGUACAUAGUGUCUCCGCUAAUGGUACAAUGGAACCGUUUCCUGCAGAAUGAUCUCUCGCGGCAAAUGCUAGAAAACCUGGCUUAUAAUACCAAAAAGUGGGAAGCAAUGCUAGAUCAAGAAUUGACUCAAAAUAAAAAGAUAGAGAUAUCACACAAGGAUGACUUCAACGUUUACACGAAGCUGUGGACCAGCGAUGAACAUGCGACGACCUCAAAAGGAUUAUCUGAAUUAAAUAAAUGCCCAUUAUAUUCAGCGAAACCCACUGGUCUAAAGAAAAAAUUGUGUCGUCUAUCUGGAUCAGUAACAUGCCAAGAUUUUAGAUUUUGGCAUCGUGACCAACCGAGCUCAAGCGACAGCGGGAGUAAGGCAGACGAAGAAGAUAUAAUGGAAGACGAUGAGAAACAAAAACUUCUGACCUACGAGGAACCGCUGCCAGAUACUUCGGUCGAAUCUGACCCAACACCAGUGCACGAAGCUGUGGGCACCCAGCUCUAUAAAAAUAUAUUGCAGCUAAAUACCGGCGUCCAAAUGGGUCGACGGAAAUCAAUGCCUACUGAGAGUAUCCAUUAUUCGCCUAUGGAGAUAAAGUUGCGCGAGGUGACUGCAUCGAUACCGCUACUCCUGCUCCGAACACUCACCGGAAAGGAAACGUGUUCGCGACGCCGAGGAUCCGCGCCUGCCCCGUUGGCCCAGUCUGAGUUCAAAGGGGUAGUCUCGAGUGGAGGUCUCCGCCACAGCGUGAACGGGAGCCCCAGAAAGCAAAGCCCAUUGGUAGCUUGCCAUCUGUGGAUUAGCUCUCGCAGCCAACAUGCGCCACGUCGCGGUUCCCUCCCCGCUGAGGUGAUUACAGGUAUAUCUUCACACUGAGGAUAAGGAUGACGGCGACGAGUAAACAAUUCCAG